AGGUGAAGAUGCUCAGAUGCAUUAGAUUGAGUCAAGGGAUAGAAAAAGACAGAGACAUAUAUACAAAGAGCGGAGCAGCCAGUUUUGGAUUGCGCUUAUUGUUCUAAGAAAACUACAAUGAGCUCUGCAAGUUCAAAUGAAGACUGCCUUGGAUGGGCCGCAAGAGAUGCAUCUGGAGUUCUCUCACCUUACAAAUUCACCAGAAGGGCUGUUGGAAGAGACGAUGUUUCUAUAAAAAUCACACACUGUGGAAUUUGUUAUGCCGAUGUAGUCUGGACCAGGAACAAACAUGGAGACUCCAAGUAUCCUGUAGUGCCUGGACAUGAGAUUGCAGGGAUUGUGAAAGAGGUUGGCACCAACGUCCAUCGUUUCAAAGUUGGCGACCAUGUUGGGGUGGGAACUUACGUUAACUCUUGCAGAGAUUGUGAGUUCUGUAACAAAAAGCUAGAAGUUCAUUGUGCAAAGGGAGCUGUUUACACUUUUAACGGCAUUGAUAUGGAUGGUACAAUCACCAAAGGAGGAUACUCCGACUACAUUGUUGUCCACGAAAGGUACUGCUAUACUAUUCCUGAUAGCUAUCCAUUGGCUUCAGCUGCGCCUUUGCUUUGUGCUGGAAUUACUGUUUAUGCUCCUAUGAUGCGCCAUAAGAUGAAUCAAGUUGGCAAAUCUCUUGGAGUGAUUGGCCUUGGUGGUCUAGGCCACAUGGCAGUUAAGUUUGGGAAAGCUUUUGGGUUGAAUGUAACAGUUUUUAGCACAAGCAUAUCCAAGAAGGAGGAAGCCCUGAGUCUUCUAGGUGCAGACAAAUUUGUGGUUUCAUCUGACCAAAAGGAGAUGGAGGCCCUGGUUAAGUCACUUGACUUUAUAAUUGACACAGCAUCUGGUGAACACCCACUUGAUCCAUACAUAUCAAUCUUAAAGACUACUGGCAUUCUGGUCGUAGUGUGUGCACCGAGUGAACUCAAGUUCAACCCUUUGGGCCUUUUACUAGAAAUGAGAACCAUUACUGGAAGUGGAGUUGGAGGUACGAAAGACAUACAGGAAAUGUUAAAUUUCUGUGCUGCUCACAAAAUAUAUCCUCAGAUCGAAGUAGUUCCAAUUCAAUAUGCAAAUGAAGCUCUUGAGAGGCUGUUAAAGAAAGAUGUCAAGUACCGGUUCGUGAUUGACAUUGAAAACUCCCUGAAAUGACACCAUGAAGAACAAGAGGAUUCACUUUUUAUGUAAGAAACAUGUAGGUUUUGAUCUUCUGCAUAAAGUAUGUUUUGGAAUGAUUUGAAAUAAGCGAGUGGGUUUUAUGUACUUUCUCUGUUGGUGAUGAAAGUGUUUUUAUUUUAUGUAACUUCCCUUUCU